CUUUUCUCCACCAACAGUCGAUUCCGUCAGUAUUUUAUUGUAAUUUUAUUUUACACUUGAGCUACUCUAUCCUUCAUUACUCUACUCUGUACUAAUGGCGAACAGCAUGAAGCAGCAGUCCCUGCCAGGUCAUUCUGAGACCAGGGCAGUAGUUGCGCUGGCAGGGUCGCUACUGCUUCCUAUUCCGUUCCUCACCACGCUCAAUCGGUAUUCGCUGCAGUAUCCUCUGGAUCGACUGCACUACGUAUUGUUUCAAUGCCUGUUUUUCUCGGUGCUGCCGUUCAUUAUUCGGACUGUUGGCGAGCAGCCGGAUUUCACGCAAAAGUUUCAGGUCGCAAACAAGCCAAAGAAGGCAGAGGAAAAGGCUACCACUGACGCAGCAAUAGUCACCAUGCCAAAGACCCGUGCUGGUGGAAAGUCGCACCCAUAUAUUGCAAAGUGCGCCGAGCUCGAAAAGACGUUCAUGGACAUGGCCAGACAAGGCGAGUCCGGCGGCGACAGCCCGUGGGAGACGCUUGCGUCACAGGGCGCGCCGUACCACAUCACGGUGCAGGGCCACCGGGACCGGCCCUUCUGCUUCCGCAUCACCUUCUUCUCACCCACGCUGCCCGGCACUGCCUUCGACCUGCUCUCGGACGUCCUGCGGCGUCCCGACUGGGAUGAGAUGACUGAGGCAACGCGGGUUGUCGAGAAGCUGAAUGGGGCCGACAGUAUCCACUAUCUGAAGAUGAAGGGCGUGUGGCCGACGGCCGCGCGCGACUCGCUGCUGGUGGCUCAUCUGGCGUCAAUUCCGGUGGGUGCUGGCGAGAAGCCCGAGUUUGGCUACCUGAAUGCCACACAAAGUAUUGUGGAUGACCGUGUCCCAGAGCGCACGGCCGACGGGAUUGUGCGCAUGGAGGCAGCGAUUGCCGGCCAGCUGGUGACGCUGGCAUCCAAGCAGGACCGGGAUAGGUUUGGACUACAAGGAGAGCACUGGAGCAAGGUUGUACAGCUGGCCGACGGCGAUCUGAAGGGCUGGAUUCCAAAGAGCGUGAUCAAGUUCAUUGCCACCCAGGCCAUGCCCCGAUCGCUGGCCAAGGUCAACAAACAGCUCGCUAUCCUGCCACCGGUGCUCGACUCGCAGCUAAUCCGCAGCAUCACUGAACCAGCCAAGGCCAGCAACAGCGACAGUGCCAUGCAGAUCAGCAGCAAGGGCAAUGCGCCGCCGGCUGUUGCUGUGUCGCAGCGGAAUGCGGGCAGCACUGUGGUCAAGAGCCGCAGAAGCGUGGUGGCAUGGAUCAAGCUGAUCCUGCGGUAUGCUGGGCCGGCGAUUAUUGCGUCGAUCACGUCGCUGGUUUUCAACAUCCUGUGGAGCCGCCGCCGGAGGUAAAUGUUCUUACAUAGCAUUUGUGACAGCAUGGUAAUAGACGC